AUGGCUACCUUCAACGACCUUACCUCCUACGGUCUCGGUAUAUCGCCCAGGGAAUGCAUAGGCGACGAUGAAGUUGUCCAAUCUACCAGUUGUAUCAUCUGGUCCGUGGUAUUACUAUUCGCAAUCCAAUUCGUCCUCCUCCACGUCGCUGUCGUCAUCGUAGACAGAUUCAUUCAACUAUUCACCCCACGUCUCUUGACACUGGUUAUCUGUGUCUGCGCAGAACUAGAAGACGACUGCGACGAUCUGAACUUGACUUGGUUAGCCUGGUUGCUUAACAUUGUUGCCAAGAUAUCAACGACUGAAGAUGACAGACAGCAGCAAAAGGAGCUGAUCAAAGAACAAGAAAGGGUAUUGUACAAAGACGAAUUGCGUCAACACAAAUAUGACUAUUUGGUCCAUACUCUCGGCCACCUGGAAACACAAGCGGCAAAUGAAACCCUCACAGCAGACCAGGUUCAAACCACAUGCGAUCUAGACUUCGAACUGUCUGUUCUUUCCUUUGCGGCAGCUAAUACAGCCGAUCAAUUCCGACAACUUGAAAUUCACCGUCGGGAUGGAGCAUGGAUACGUGCUGAUCGGCGAUCCAAUAACCGGUGGUCUAUGUAUAAGACUGGGCGGUUGUUAUGCUUAUUACUGUGA